AUGUCCGUCACAAUUCACACCACCAAUGGGGAUAUCAAAGCAGAAAUCUUUUGCGAUACAUGCCCUCGUACGGCCUUUAACUUUUUGGCACUUGCCGCGGCCGGAAAGUACAAUGGGACCGUCUUUCAUCGGAAUAUCAAGGGAUUCAUGAUCCAAGGUGGAGACACGGCUCAUGUGACUGGCAAGAAAUCCUCCAUUUGGGGAGACGAUGUCACCUUUCCAGACGAAUUUCACAAGGACAACCAACAUGAUCGUCGAGGACGUCUCAGCAUGGCCAAUCGUGGUCCGAAUACCAACAAGUCUCAAUUCUUUAUCCUUUAUGAGCCACAACCUCACUUGAACAAUAUGCACGCUGUCUUUGGACAAGUCUUGGAUGGAUGGGAUACACUAGAUAAAUGGGAACGAAUGCCGAAUGCUCACAAGACCACUCCGGUGGAUCCACCAGAGAUCACAUCCAUUACCAUUCAUGCCAAUCCAUUGGCGGACGAGGGCAUUACCUACCCGACUCCCGAUGGUCCACCAGAGAAAAAGUAG